UUUCUAACGUUAUUCAUAAUGCUUCUUUUAUUGUCCUAUUAUCUCUUUUUGAGCUGAAAAUGACCACCCAUUAUCAAGAAUCCAGCAAAAGCAUUGACAAUGUUAAUUUUCUACUUGUUUAUAUUUGUAGCUUUUUUUCUUGGGUGGUUUGCUAUUUGAAUCUACUGUACUAAGUCUUCAUUGGGCCAGGCCAGACGCACUCUUAAGCUAGCAGAAACUUUAUUAUCUUGUUGCUAAGAUAUAUGAUUCUUUAUGUAUUGCAACCUUUGGUUUUUAUGUGAAGUAAAAAAGGCAAUAUGUAGCUAGUUCUUGGUCAGAAUUCUUCUCUCAAGUUAAUUAUCACUGCUCCUGUCUCCUGCAAAAGUUUUGUUUAAUGAAGUAUGUAUACUCCUUUGUCAAACUGCUGUCACUUAAGUGCAUAGUUCUCAGACAUUUAAAUUGGGUCCUUUUAGCUGUCAUUGCAGCAGAUGUUUGCCCUGUUCAUAUGUAUUCUGCAAGUAAGUGUAAAUUGGCAGCUCUUUAACUAUCUUUCUGCUUCCACAUGCGCAACUCCGAUCCCCCAUUUUAAAAGCAAGAAAAGGGAGAAAAACAAAGAUUUUUAAGUAGUAGUACACCUAUUUGGUAUACAGAGGAUGUAUUGCCCGCUUUAAGUACUGUCCAUUAUAUAUGUGGUGCUGACAUUGAAAAGAUUGAGAAUGUUGUUGAUCGCUUUAUUGAAGGACAUCCAAGGAUUAUAGAAGUUUUGCACAUUUAGUUUGUUAAAAGAAAUAACUUGAGGUAACUGUAAAUGAUGUUACCUUUUGAAAGUAUCCAAAGAUGAUCCAGAGGUAACUGUAAAUGAUGUUACACACACACACACACACACACAUGUAUGUAUGUAUGUAUGUAUGUAUGUAUGUAUCUUGAUAUAUUUUUGUGAACUAAGCAGUAUACCUAAUCUGAUUUUGUCAUAAUCUAUGAUGAUAUACUAUGUAUCUGUUCAUAUAUGAGUGUGCUUUCCUUAAUUCCUUAAAAUAUCACUGCAGAUCAACAUACACUUUCUCUUUAAUUUGCUGAACAAACUUGGAGAUCUUUAAUACUAUAAUGUUGAUCGAAAUCUUGGAAUGACGAUGCUGCAGUUGAUAGAUUUCAAGAAGGCAUCAAAUUAGUGCAAUCCCUUAAACUAAAUCCCGAAAUAAUUAGCCUUGAAAAACGGGUAAUACAGUCAAACCUCUCUAUAACAACCUCAUUUUUUCGAAUCUUUUGGUUGUUAUAGCGAAGCGUUGUUAUAGAGAACAAAUAUUAUAACAUAGCAUGAAAAUUAGUUCCUUAUAUAACUUGACUUUUAUAAUUAAUGACUAUUAUAUAGCGAUUCUGUUAUAGAGAGAUCUGACUAUAUUCAUUUGUUCAAAUUUUCUUCUAUGCGUAUAAGUAUUCACCCUAAGGUAUAUAUGUCGCAAAGUUCAGUUCAGAGGCAACCUAAGAUAAAUUUCACUGUAAAUGCAUUAGAAAUAAGUGAUAGAUGCUAACAAAUUUUCUUAGUAAUACGCCUAUUGGCAAGUCAAUAUAUUCUUGUCUUCCAAAAUUUCACCAUCUUGUGCAUUUACCACUUAAUACUGGAGAAUCUCUACACUUAGUUCCAUUGUGUGUAGUUGCUUUGCUAUUACAGUAUCCUUAUCACCAGUUUGACAAUCAUAUUAAAAUUCUUUUUGUGCAAAAGCCAUUGGAGGUUUCAGAACUAUUUUAAAAAGUUUAGUGUGGUUCUCAAACUAUAUAUGGCACAUGAUUUUUUUAAGUCAUAUAUAGCAAUGAAGCUACUGCGACUAAUUCUACCGUUUAAAAGGGAUAUGUGUCAUAUUCAUGACAAAAGGGGAUGGGUGCCUAAUUCAAUAUAAUAGGAUUUUUACUCAAAUAAAUAAUUAGAAUUGAAGAAAACAUAAAAUUCAACUUAACCUCUGGAGACUUUAUCCAUCAGUUGAAAACUAGUUUGAAGUUUGAGCGAAAGUGAGUUAAGUUUAUCUAUUAAACAUUUCCCUCUUAUAUUUGUCUGUAAAGUAUUUAGAAGUCUCUACUAACUAUAAACUAUUGAUUUACAAAUAAUACCGUUGGAACAUUCUAUGGUAUUGACCUAAGAUAUAUUUGAAAAAGAGUUAGUCUUGAUAAUCCUCUAGUUAGACUUUUCUCAAGAUAAAACCUCAAAUGUCAUAAUUCAACCCUUUUGGUUGGAAAAAAUAUUUAUCCUCACGUAAUAUUUACACCAAAUCAAGUAAUUUAAUUAGAAGAGAUGACAAAUUAAAGUGAACAUUAUGUCCAUGAACUCUCUCUCUCUCUCUCUAGCUUUCUUUGGAUUAGUAUUUCUUGAUAAGCAAGGGACUGUGAGAAAAGUAUUACUUAACAAACAUGCAGCGCAACACCAAGCUUAAAAUAAGAAAGUGGAAACGCCUAGGAAGUUACUUCUUAAUUCAAGUCAAACGUUUUGAUCAAAUCACUUGAAAGUUUCUCCAUAAAAUGGAGAAAUUAUCACCUCCUUUGUUUCAACUGAGAAUUUUCUGUCCUGCACUAACAGAUCAUUUCCUUCUUAAUUCAAUUUUUCAUAGAGAUUUCCAAGUCCAAUUCUUUCCCUAUAUACUUGCCAUAUUGAAGCAUAAAACAUAAGUUUUGUGACAUGUUAAUAUGUUUUAUCUAAGCAAGAUUAGUUAUUUAACCUCCCUUGUUUAUCUUUUGAUCAUAUUCACACUUUUCUUGCAAAGAUCUUUGGUUAUUAGGGUGGAUUGCCUGAGUUUCAGCUACGCAAAUUUCCCCAAGCAAACCGAAAAUGAUUUCAUCACUACUGAUAAUUCCUUCAUAGGAUUGAAUGCUGCUAUGCAAGUAACAGGCGAUGCUCGUGGAGCUUCUAUCACAAACUUAUCAGGAAGAAUAUGGUAUUCACAGCCUCUCAAGCUAUGGAAUCGAAAGAAGGACAUCACAACAUCGUUUAAUUCCACGUUUGUGAUUAAUAUCACUCCUCAGAGUAAUCCAUGGGGUGAAGGAUUAGCUUUCAUAUUGACAAAGGAAAGUGGUCUUGAUUUUAUACCAGAUAAUAGUGAUGGACAAUGGCUUGGAAUUGUGAAUGCAAGUACAAAUGGAUCUUUAUCAAACAACAUUUUUGCAGUUGAAUUUGACACAAGGAAAAGUGACUUUGAAGAUCUUGAUGAUAAUCAUGUUGGCAUUGACAUAAACAGCAUCUACUCUAUCAAUCAAGCUUCUUUAACCGACCGUGGUGUUAAUCUUUCACGAGCUGUUGAUGUUAUAGCAAGUGUUCAGUAUAAUGGAGAAUCAAAGAUCUUGAAUGUUUAUGCAUUCAUGAGUAAUCAGACUGGGGAUGUUAACGCGAUAAAUCCCAUCAUUUCCAUGCCUCUUGAUCUUUCUAGCUAUCUUCCCGAGGAUGUUUUCGUGGGAUUUUCAGCUUCAACUGGGAUAUAUACUCAGCUGAAUUGCAUAAAAGCAUGGAAUUUUACAAGCAUAGAAAUUGGUAAUGAUAAUGAUGUUAGCCUAUUAUGGUUGUGGAUCUUGAUACCAAUAAUAUCGGUUCUGGUUAUGUUUCUUGUUGGGGGUUUUAUAUAUUUCACCUGGAGGAGGAAAAAGAAGAGGAUGCAAGUGUUAGACCAAGAUGAGAAAAUAGAGAUACAGAUUCGGAGUUCAGCUACUGCACCAGAGAGAUUCCAGUUAAAGGACUUGAAACGAGGGACCGGGAACUUUGAUCCCAGGAACAUUCUUGGAAGAGGAGGAUGUGGAGUAGUGUUCAAAGGGUUAUUAGCUGAUAAACAGGUAGCUGUGAAGAGAUUCUUUAGAGAUUCAAGUCAAGGGGCAAAAGAUCUCAUAGCAGAAGUCACAACUAUUGGCAAUCUCCACCACAAAAACCUUGUCAAAUUGAUAGGAUGGUGCUAUGAAAGCAAUGAACUCCUUGUGGUGUAUGAGUUCAUGCCAAAUGGGAGCUUAGAAAAGUUGAUAUUUUGGGAAGAAAAAGGUGAAAUCAGAGAAGGGUUGAGCUUGAGUUGGGAAAAAAGGCAUGUCAUUAUCUGUGGCAUCGCUCAAGCACUGGAUUAUCUGCAUAAUGGGUGCGCGAAAAGAGUACUUCAUAGGGACAUAAAAGCCAGCAACAUCAUGCUUGACUCAGAACUCAACGCUCGGCUGGGAGAUUUUGGAUUGGCUCGGACAGUUCAAGUGAGUGGAAUGACUCACCAUUCGACGAAAGAGAUAGCUGGAACUCUUGGCUAUAUGGCUCCAGAAAGUUUCCUUAUAGGCCGAGCAACAGUUGAGACAGAUGUCUUUGCAUUUGGAGUUCUCAUUCUUGAAGUUGCCUGUGGUCGAAAACCUGGAAACCAAAAUGAGGAGAAUAUCUACAGCAACAGAAUCAUUGAAUAUGUAUGGGAUCUCUAUAAGAUUGAAAGGAUCGUUGAUGCCAUAGAUGUUCGAUUGGAUAGAGAUUUUGAUGAAGGGCAAGCUGAAUGUGUGUUAAUAUUAGGAUUAGCUUGUUGCCAUCCAAAUCCAUAUGAAAGGCCAAGCAUGAAAACUGCUUUACAGAUUCUUACAGGGGAAUCAGUUCUACCAAUUAUUCCUGCUGAGAAACCUGCAUUUGUAUGGCCAGCUAGAGCUCCGUCGUCGAAUGAAGCUGCAGGUGACUCUCUUAUGGAAGGCCAACUUACACCAAUUACAGUUCUCAGUGGCAGAUGAUAACUUCUAUGCCUUAGGUUUAUCUGAUUGGACUGCAGAUUCUGAGGAACCUCAACUAUGUUCAAACUUAAAAUGCUCAUAUAAUGUGUUGUCAAAGCAGCUAACUAUUUAGGAGGCAAAAUAUACUUGUAAAUUUCGCAUUAGCAAGGCAAGAAUGUUGCCUUUCUCUUUUGUGUUUGUUCCUUUUGUGUGUCUGUGUGUGUAUUGGAAAGAAAAGGUUCAUUCUUCAGAGAGAAA